AUUGGGCCUUUCUUUUCGUUAAUAAUUUCAGAGGACAACAUUCUCUACAUCUUGAGUGCAUAAACAAAAACGAUUUAUUCAUGGCAAACGCACAUAUAUGAACGCAACCAUGGUGGGAAGAUAGAACGUAACCAAAUCUCUGAACGCUACCCCUCAUUCGACUAUCGAAGGAGGUCUAUCGAUUGUGUGUCUCGAAAUCUCGCAAAGGUCCACCACUCUGAAGAAGGAAAGCGUGGUGACGUCUCUUCCGGUAUAUUCGUGAGGUAAAUUGCAUUCGGUGUUUGAGUACUAUAAUUUUAUUUACAGGCAUCGACAUCCCUUUUACAUCAUGGGGAGAUAUUCACGAGAACCUGACAAUGCUACAAAAUCUUGUAAAGCCCGAGGAUCUAAUCUUCGCGUUCAUUUUAAGAAUACCAGAGAGACAGCAAUGGCAAUGCGUAAGAUGACCCUACGUAGAGCUGUUCGUUAUCUUAAAAAUGUAAUGGACCAUAAAGAGUGUGUACCUUUCCGCCGUUUUAAUGGAGGAGUAGGACGUUGCGCUCAGGCUAAGCAGUGGAAGACAACACAGGGUCGCUGGCCAAAGAAAUCUGCUGAGUUUCUUCUGCAGUUGUUGAAGAAUGCAGAAUCAAAUGCAGAUUACAAGGGUCUUGAUGUAGAUCGUCUUGUAAUUGAUCACAUUCAGGUUAAUCGUGCACCGUGUCUUAGAAGACGAACAUACAGAGCUCAUGGUCGCAUUAACCCUUACAUGAGCUCUCCCUGUCACAUAGAAGUUGUUUUAACUGAAAAAGAGGAGGUUGUUGCUAAAGCAUCCCAGGAGGAGCCUUUGAAGAAAAAGAUUUCCAAGAAGAAACUGGCGAGGCAGAAGGAGAAGAUGAUGCGUGAUUAAAUGUUUAAUAUGACAAUUUGAAGUGAACUGAAUGUUAUCAAUAAACCAGUUCCAUUAAAUCAAUUUUUUUUUUUAAACCCACUUCAUCAAUUUGUAUGAAUAGUGUCUUCAGUUUUGGCUUAUUGGAAGAGCAAGUUAAUUCUGCUGAGAUUGCUCGGUGACAUCAGUUAGGAGAGGGAAUUAAUUUAAUCAGAAAUAUUAUACACAUAGUGCUGUAUAUAAAAAUUUGAACUAGGAUGCUCAUUACAUGGUCUCUUAGGGCCCUAUUUUAGUAGUGUCUUAUGUAAGGAAAUGCUUAUGCACAGUGUUUUCAUUGAAUAUAUUUUCAACAGUAUGAUGGUGGUACUGUUUCAUGAGGCAAAGUCAUUUCAGCUGUAUCGGCCAUUUUAAUCCUGCCAGGUGAUGGUCUUUCAUUUGUGCCUGUGAGGCAGCUGUAACUUCUGUAUUUAUUGGUAAUAUCUUAAAUAAGAAUGAAGUAUAUUAACCUCUAUUAGUAAUUUGAAAAAUCGGCCGAUGAGAGGGGGUUUCCUUAUACAAUCAGGCUUGAAGUUGAAAAUAAUGCAAGUUGCUGUACUGCUUUGCAUGUGUUUAGUUUUUUUAUGCCUUUCAUUAGCAUGAUUAGUUUGAGACCCCAGUGAAGUGCUUUAUAUAAUUAGCAAAUGUCAUUAUAGUUAUUUUACUACUAAUAUGCAUAGGACAUGCAUUUCUAAAACCUAAUCUGAGUAAGAACGAUAUAUUUCUACCACCCAAGUAAAUGGCAACAUUGAUUUACUCCAUCCCCAGCUGUCAAGUAUAAAGAAAUAUUUAGACAAAGCAAAGUUGGCCACCAAUCUUACUAAAACUUUUACAUCAAAUGAUAAAACAUCGUUUGUGUGUCAUUCUACAUAAUCUGUAAUAUAACAUAAUUGUCCUAAACAUUUUGAAUAAAACUGUCGUAAUUUAUCGAUCACGCAACUGUUGGGCAUUUAUACACUAUCACUAGAAUAGGGAAAUAUAACUAGGAGCGUAUUUUGACUUCACUAAACUACAAAAUUAUCAAUAAAAUGUUUUUAACAUGCCCUAAAAGCAAAGAAAAA